AUGUUGCACAAAUCAGGAAAUCCCAUUAAACUACCCUAUCAAGCUCCACUAAUUUGUAGUAAUGGCGGAAGAGCUCCCGUGAUUGGUUGCAUCCAAUCUCAACAAUGUCUUCCGUUCACUAAAGAAUCCGUCGCUUGUCUACAAGGAAUUUGUUGUACGGUACCACAAAAAUGUCCAAGUAUUGUUGGCUUGCAAUAUGCAAAUUCACAGUCAUGCGUUCUGCUAUCCGGAGAAAAGUGUCUAGUAAUGGAAUGUGUUGCACAAUGUCCGAGAUUUGUCGAUGAAAUUAAUAUGUAUUCAAGAUUCCUUCUUCUACACUUGGCUCUAGUACUAUCUCAAAUCUUAUCAAAUUUAUUGAUUAUUUGUGUUUCAUUAUUUAUAACUUACCGACAAACCUUUCCAAUUGUAAAUGUAUCCUACUGCAAAGUCGAAUGA